AUGGUUCUGUCGCGCAUGCUGUCGAUUUCGUCGCUGCCGACAUGUCUGAAAUGCACCAUAUCUCUGAUAUCGAGAAGAAGCUUUGCAACUAGACACACGCGUCGCAGGCUACCGCCAACUAUACUCAAGGACAUCUUCGCCGGGGGCAAGUCGAACAAAUUCGCGUCCGCUGAUUUCGGCAAAGACGCCACCGCUGGAUCUGACUUACAGAGAGCGGUCAGUUUCGUACCACUAUGUUUGAAGGAAGAGCUGCUGUGCAAGUUUUCGGAACCGGUGCGAGACUGCUGUCACAAGGUGACGAUCGUGGGGUCCGGCAUGGUCGGCGUGGCCAUCGCGAACUCGCUUCUCUUGCAGAACAUCACCGCGCAUCUCGCUAUGGUGGAUGCAUUCCCGAAGAAGCUGGAAGGGGAGGGAAUGGAUUACAGCCACGGCUCGGUAUUUUUAGAUGAUCCACGCAUAGAAUACGACACAGACUUCUGUAUCACCAGCAACUCGAAGGUGAUCGUGAUUGCAGCCGGCGUGAGGCAAGGCAGGGGCGAAUCCCGGCUGGAGCUGGUGCAACGAAAUUCGGAGAUAUUGAAGAACAUAAUACCGACUCUCGUUGGUUACAGUCCCAACGCUGUGUUCCUGAUCGUCAGUAACCCAGUUGACGUUUUGUCGUGGGUAGCGUGGAAAGUGAGCGGAUUACCAGCGAGCCGAGUAAUCGGAAGUGGAACUCAUCUCGAUUCAGCAAGGUUUCGUUACUUAAUCGCCGAUCGUCUAGGAAUAGCUCCGAGCUCGGUUCACGCGUACAUCGUCGGCGAACACGGGGACAGUCAGGUUCCACUCUGGUCUGGCGUGAAUGUCGCGGGCGUGCAAUUUCGCGACAUCCUGCCUAAUAUCGGCCUGGAGACCGACGAGGAGAGAUGGUUCGAGAUUUCCAAGGAAGUGAUCAGGCUUGGUCCCACUGUGAGAUGUCUGAAAGGCUACUCCAACACGGCAGUUGGUCUAUCGGUUGGCGACAUCGUGUCGGCCAUUCUGAAGAAUUCGCAGAGGGUUAUUCCGGUUUCGACCAUGAUCCAAGGUCACCACGAGGUCUGUCACGAGAUCUUCCUGUCCCUGCCCUGCACCCUCGGCGAGAACGGCAUCACGAACAUCGUGCGGAUGCGCAUCACAGAGUUCGAGAAGAAACUGUUCCAAACAUCGGCGAACGUCGUCUACAACGUUCAAAAGGAAAUCAAAACGUGA